UGGUAGAGGUGUACUUGGUGAAAGUGAUGAGGAUUGUACUGAUGGGAUUGAUGGUACUGAUGGGAUUGAUAGUACUGAUGAUAUUGAUGGUACUGAUGAUAUUGAUGGUACUGAUGAUAUUGAUGGUACUGAUGAUAUUGGUGGUACUGAUGAUAUUGAUGGUACUGUUGAUAUUGAUGGUACUGUUGAUAUUGAUGAUAAUGAUCAUAUUGAUUGUACUGGUAAAAAUGAUGGCGCUUUUAAUGAUUGUAGCAGCAGUUCAGAUGAUAUUGGUCCUUAUUGGAAAUCAUCUACAUGCACACCAUACAGUACUUUGGGCCAAUAUGUGAAUGACUAAUGUGAUUAUUAAUCUACUGUAUUUUAAAUGUACGCCCACUUUUUAAGAUAAUUUGACUGUACUGCGAAUGUUGAUUGUACUGCGAAUAAUAUUGAAUACCAGUGUAUUUUAUUUGUGUAUGUGUACAUUUUGCUAUGAUUUACUUUUAAUUAAUGAUAUUUUCAACAACAAUGCAAAUGCAAAAUUUAAAAAUACCUGCAAAAUUGAGUAGGAAUAAGGACAUGCUUAUAAACGUAAAUAUAUUUCAGAUAAUUAGUCCGAUAAUUCACUGUUAAACUCUUGAUUUUGCGAUUCUUGAAACUAGUAUUAAAAGUUAAAAUAUAAACCAUGAUCACUGUUUUAGUAACAACAUUUCCUAUAAGCGUAAUAUAAUAUAAUCUGUAGGUUCAAAAUAAUGUGACCCUCCCUAAACAUCAGCCCACCCCAAAUUGAAGCUUAAAAAAUCUCAGCCCUAUUUUCAACCUGCGCAUGCUCACCAGUACAUUUCGGUGCAGUAUAGGUGAAGUGGAAAACAGGCUUAACAAUAAGAUUGUAUGGUGGAUGUCUGAGAUUAUCUGCCAUUUCACACCCGCAACACUUCUUAACAUUGCACUGAAUGACGACAAUGUAGUAGGCAACAUGGUCUCAUUGCGCGCGGAAUGGAACUGCGGAAGUAUUGUUCAGGGUGUCCACGGGCCUUGAAUAUCCUGGAAAGUCCUUGAAUUGGAAAAAAGAAUUCCAGGACUGGAGAGUCCUUGAAAAUCAGUAGAAGUCCUUGAAAGUCCUGGAAUUAAUUGCCUUAACCUCCAGCUGUGCCAACAUUAGUGAGUUUGAUUAAAAUUACCGAAUAAAGUGAAUUAUUUGCCGGUUAAAUUUCACCUUCACCAAAGGGUGGACACCCUGAAUUUGUUGCUGAUUCCAUGCUUACAGUUCAGGCGGAUGAGUGAAAGGUGUAGCAAGGCCGUGAAAAUGGUGGGGGAGAUGCAGCGGUCUAGGUCACAGCUCCAUGGAAUAUCAGGGCUCACAACGUACCCGCUAAAGUCAACUACGUGACGUAUGCAUGUACUGUACCACUGAUCUGGAAACUAGCACUGGAUAGUGAAUGCACUAUGCCUUGAUGAAGCCAGUGGCGGCCAUGUUGGUGUGACCAGCACAAAUCUUCUGUGGUAUUGCUGAAAUGUUUGAAGAGCUUCAAACAGUUUUCGUUAUUGUUGGGAAAGGACACGUCUAGAUAGUUUUACGUCAGGUUUACGUCACUAAAGUUCAAUAAAAUACUCAACAGCCCCCCCCCCCCCCCCCCACACACCUAAUAAUUUUCCAUACUUAUUUUGAUUUAUUAUAUUGAGAUAGAUACGCUAUAUAUUAAGCUGUGAAUUAGUCAUUGUAUUUAAAUUUCAGUGCACGUAAAUAUAACUUUAUACCAGUGUCAUGCGUAGACCUUAUCCAUAAUUCGCAAUACGCGUCCUGUAUUCUAGGAAACGGGAAUGAACACUGGAAAAUUGGGAAAACAUUUUUUGUUGCCGUCUAUUUCGGCGUUUUCAACCGCGACUUGUAAAUUUGCAACUUUUAAUUGCAUUUCUAGGUCAGAGAUAACUCAUUUCUAGGUCAGGGAUUUCAACAUUUCCCCGUGCUAGCAUACCCCCUUCCCAGUAACACACGCCUUCGGCGUUCGCUCCCUCCACCUCCCCCAAUCCAAAAAUCAUCCGCAGUCCCUGCGACGGACGCCCUUCUAGCCAAAAUUACCCGGGGCCUCUCUGAGGUAGCCAGUCCGCCCCUGCACAUCAGAACGCAUUGAACUGUAUUAGACUGUAUUAUAGACUGCAUUGGACUCCGCUAUUAGCUUAUGUAUCAAUUGCUUCUCUCGCCUACAAGAACAUUGUUGUUAUUUAAUUCUUAGCUCCAAGACAUAAAUGGUUUGUGUAGAUUUUCUGUUCUUGGCUGCCUUGUUCUUUCCAACAAUUGCUUGGACUGGAGUGAUCUCGAAGGUCUCCAUCAAACACACAUCUUAGAACUUAGUCUUCAUGGAAAUCCAAGGCUCGAGAAAGAUCCUUAUUGUAAGUUCACGAGAAUGACGAGUUUAGAAUUUAAACCUUGUAUAGAUAAACGUUUUAUGCUGUGGAGAAUCUUACGCGGAUCUACCAGUGACGGUAAACAUGCAAACACUCUCGGGCACAUUCAGUCGUCAGGACAGGUUAGAUAACAUCUGGGGCCGGUUGUUCAACCGACAGUUGCCAGACAGUUGCUGCGUCAGUUGCCAGAUAAUAUACAUCAAAGUGCAAUUUAUUGUAAUUCUCCUGUUUUACAGUUAUGACGUCAUAAGGCGCCUGGGAGAGUUUUGCCCCGGGUCCCGCGCAACCUUUUGCGUAGAGGGUGUCCAUUAUCAGCCUCGCCCCCAGGCUCCAACUCAGACGCGCGGGUUCCGACGCAAGCAGUGGACGGCCCUGGAUUAUCAAGUACUGGCACCUUUAUCAUUUUUGGCAGUUUAUAUCCUGGAUACUGUAGGGUACAAUAACAAUCCCAUUUGGAGCCAUAAUGUAGGCAGGUAUGCAUCUCCUCUGAAGUCUCUGUAUAGUAGUGUCUCCUUUCCUUGUAGCCUGUUAUAAUAUAUUGUCCAUUUUAUUGUAAUUUUGCCAGAUCGAAUGCAUAUCAUUGAUUGUCUUCCUUUGGUAUGGAUGCUGGAUGGCAGACUCAUAACAUGUAAGCAUUGAAAAACUCUGCAUGAUCAUAAUAGAAAUCGUUCUUCAGCAGCAGGAUGUUGUUGCUUCUUUCGAUUUGUUUUUCAGUUCAGCUGUUUAAUGAAAUUAUUUUUUUCAAGUUUUGCUUUCACCUGUGGGUUAAAAGCUAACAAAUUAAUCCCCGUAUAGUUUCCUCCGCAGGCAAUCUCAGAUCUCUCUAGGGGUUAUACGUAUCACAGACACCUCUAUAGAACACCGCGGAAAAACGUCUGCGCAUGCACCAAAUUAUGAAAAUAUGGCGGGGAAUUUGAAUAUCAAUUUCUAAAACAAAAACAUGCUUAUUAAUUGGUCAAAAUUAGUAAAACAAACGAGAAAAUAUAGCAAAUGGGUAGACUAGACAUUAGUUGAAAGCGUCCUGUCAUUUAAAGUAUGCAAUGAAAUAUAAUUCAUGUAAAAAAUUGUUGAUUUUAACGGACACGACUUCGAAAAUUUUUGCAAAAUUAUUCAAAACAAAAAUUCAAACUCAAAAGUUAAGAAAACUCUCGAAAAGUUAAGCUUCUUAACCCACUCAAAUUGUAGAAUAAAUCCUAAAGUUUAAUUAUUGUGAACACGAAAAUUUUUUAUAUUUGGCGACACAGUUUUUUUUAAAGAAAUGUACUCAAACGAAAAUUCGGAAAUUGUCGUUGCUUAGUUGAGUAAACAAAAUGUUUCAGACGAUAAAUUUGUCAACAAUCACCUUUAGUUCAUGUUCUUGUACAAUACAAUUUCUUGAACCUUCUGGCUGUAUUUAUUCCUAGUUUUUAGAGGUAAGGUUGGUUAGAUUACAGGUAAGGUUGACGCAUGCGCAGACUUUUUCCGCGGUGUUCCUCUAUAGAGAUGCCUGUGAGGAGGCUUUGACAUUCCUGAAUUCAUUAUCAGUGAAAAUAGCAUGGUACUGAACAUGUAUAGACUUGGAAGAUAUAGUGUAUAUAUGUAUUGUAGCGACUUCUAUAGUGUUACCCAGCACAUAGUUUAAACGUUUUACAGUGGAGGGUCAAAACCAAGAUUAGUGCCCAGUGUGGGCUUCGCAGAGUAAGAUUUAGGUCAUCAGGUAAGGUUAGGUCCCAGUCUGAGCUAUACUAACUACAGAAAAUAUGCCUUGCUGUUACCCAAAUACACAGAAAUGUUAUCGUUUUCAUUUUUAGGUUUGCAUGAGGGGGUGGGUCACUGGUCCUGGUGUGUAGCAACCUCAAAAAUGCACUUUGUAUUUACAAAAAUAUAGUGGGUGUUUAUGAUAUUGAUAUGGCACACUUCGACCCAUGAUGAACAUUGCAUUUUAUUUCUUUAUCAUCUAUUUUGAUUUGAUAUAUAGCUGCAGAAAGACAGCAAGUACGAAAGUUCUUCUCCGAAAGUGAACUAACAGAACGUCCUGUGGUAAGAUUCAUACUGCAUUAGAGAUGGAUCAUCCGCCUAAUAGAUAAUCCAAGGUUGACGAAUCUUGGUUCUUACAUAUUUUUUUUAUAUCUUUUUAUAUUAUGUAACAAGCUUUUUGGCAAAAAUCUUGAGUCCUUGAAUCUUCUUUUAUUAUUCUCCACUUUGAAGUUGUGAAUUUUAACAUGACAUUUGACAUGAAUUAGUCCAUACAGGGCGUGAAAUAACGGCUGGAGGGACGCCGGUCAAGGUGACCGGCCAACUCAAUUUUAGCUCGGACAUACCGUAUUUCUGGCCGGUCAUAUUAUUGUAAAUUCAAAUGAUGACAUUAUUCUGGAACGUUGUUUGAAGUUAUCAUUACAUAUGACGUCAUCAAAGUUUAGUUCAAAGUAUAGCUCAAUCCUCUAUUGUAAAAAAUCUUAUUAUAUUAAUAUAAGAAAUAAGAAAUAAGAAGAUUAUAUCUAUAACACUGAGAUAAUCCGUACUGCCGUUUGUAGUGUGAAAACCAACUCACUGGCAACAUUGGUUGUGGGGUCAAAUCAUGCUGAUAAAUUGUCCAUAUAUUUAAUUUCAUUUGAUUCCUUAUUGAUGCACUAUAACGGAUUAUUUAUUUGUUUAAACCGACGAGUAUAUUCUGUGUCGUUUCUUUGCCGAAAUUUGUUCAAACGGAUUGUUGAUCUCUACUACUGUAUAAAUUUGACAAUAAUUUUUCAUAGAGUUACGUUAUUCAAAUUUCUACUUAUUUUCGUCUGAAUUUCUUAGCGUCACAAGAUAUCAAGGAAGAAACGUUUCACUCCAACUCCUCUGCAAAAUCUUGCAGUGACUGGUGUCUUUGGUGAGAAGGUGAAUAUGAAUUCAUACGAUAGUUCCCCUACAAAAUGUCUAAUUUGUAUUUUGUGAUACUUCAUAUUUUAAGUAAAAUCCCAAAAGGCUAUUCGCAACAUAAAGUCAAGAUGCAUUAGAAUUUGAAUCAGCAUAAGGACCUAUUCAGAGAUCUGGCAGGGGGCUCUAACGUACCGAAUUGAGUAGAGUUGAUCCUGAACUACUACUUUGCUAUCGCAAUAAUAUUAUUUAGUUAGGCUAAUUAUACAUUACAAGAAUGUCUUGUGUCUCUAAAUAUGAAUUUACUUUGUGCUCUCACUAGUUUGCUUAAUAAAUCAAUGCACGAGUCCCAGUUCCUCUUGGGGACAAACAACUACCUAAUAGCUAUACUUUUACCCUAGUAAAUGACUGGCACGAGCCCGAGUACUGAUAGGGAGGACUGCAACUAGCAAUGUAGUGCACAGUAGAUUCACAGUAGAAAGUUUUAGAUUUGACGAGUACGACGUAACGACCACUGCAUAAUACGAGAUUCUUUGUUUGGAUAUACUCGCCAUCUUCUUGCGCCAGUACGCACGCACGCCAUAAUCUCGUAGUAUAUAGUAAAUUACUUUGUUUUAGUAUGAGUCUUUUCAAAAAACCCGUUGUCAAUUAACGGCUACGGGAUUUAUUAUAUGAUGACGUAUCCAAAUAAACGAAUGUCCUAGUUAUACUCGUGGUUUAAUUUAAAGCUCUCUAUUAUUAGCAAAGCGACAACCCAGAACGCUGGGUAUGCAAAUUGCAGAUCGAGUUAACUUUAGGUUGACAAUAUACACUCACUCUUUUGUUUUUAUUCCAUAAAUAAUAUACUGUCAGUAUACUGUAAAUAAUAUAUAUUUAAAAUCUUGUACUGUCCUUUUCACAAGCUGGGUCUGCAUAUUUUUCCCAUAGACUGAACACUGGAUGAAGAGAUUUUCUUUACACGAGAAAUUAACGCAAGGUAAAGUACUGUUAAACUUUUACCGCGGUCAUUGGAAAUUACUCGGUGUUCACUAUAGUUCUCAGUAUAUUUUAUAUCACUCAUCGUUGAUUUUUAGAGAUUUUAUGUAUGACUUGAGCGGUGUAGAUUCACUAUGUUGAUUGCGUUCACGCAUUCCUUGCAACGAGAGCUGAAGCGAACGACAUUUUUUAUCAUUGGAUUAGAUUAAUGACGAAUGUUAUCAGUUAAAGUUGUCAUCAGAUGACGUUUCCAUGCACGUAUUUUUCAAAUAGCAUGCAAUGAUUCGCAAUCGCAAAACACCUGCCAUGGCGUAGCGGUAGUUACAGGUUUUUGGCUGAGUCGGACUUCGGUAUCGCAUAUACUCUGUGGCUAAAUUAUGUACGCAUGAUGUCCGUGUUGUGAAAAACUUCGCUUGCUUAAUCAGAUUUCUAUAAUAAAAGACUAAAAUAUCUCUUCACUGUAUAUUACAGAUAGAUUAUUACCAUUCAGUUAAACUUAUUGUUAUAAUGGCAAUAAUCUGUCUAUAAAUAUACUGUACAGUGAGGAGUCUUCGCCAAAGAAAAUAAGUAUGAUUGUCGACGAUGCAUUUCCAGGAUUAUUACAGGGGAUAAGAUGUUUCCGAGAAAUAACGGGCUUUUUGCCUGAACGUAUAUCUGCAGGAUGUUGAUAUUACCGUUUAGCGCAUUCAUAUCUUACCUUCUAUCGCGUUCUAUACGUCUCUGCGGAGGAGAGAGAUGUUGCCGAAAGGUUUGUGUGAACCACAAUAAAUAAACUUGAUAUGUUUCUUCGGGAUAGUUCCAUAAGGUCUCUGGAGUUCCAGUAAGGCCCAUUUCUUAUUGGUCCAGUUUUACUGCAGGAGGAAACCGGAAUACCUGAAGAAAAACUACGACCAAAGUCGACCAAGGCGUUAUAAAAGAAUGCAUGUAGGAAUUGAACCAAUGCAGCCCCAGAGGUGGUGGCAUUAACUACUCACUCACCAACACUCCCAUGUCUCCGUGUUUCGUUAUAAUCCAUUCAUUUGUUUUGUUCAUUCGCGUUCUUGACUUUGAACACAAGAGUAAACUCUAAAUUGAUAUCGUAAAUAAUUUCCAUUCAACAGAACUGGACAGAAGACGACUUCGUUACUUGGCCUUCAAUUUGCAAGAAGAAUUUCGUCUUCAAUCACAAUUUUCCAACAGCAAUGAAAGGUGUAGAUUGAAACUGUGUUAUCAUUUUAAAAAAUAACAGUACAUUUAGGGUUACACUUACAUGCUUAAUAUGUUUUCCCGUUUCUCUAUCGUCUUGAUCACAGUCACAACCCUAUGCUAACCUUGUUGUGCGCGAAACAUGACAUGACGCAAUACAUGUAUAAAAUAAAUGAUAAAUUUGAAAACGGUAGGCCACAUAAAAAAAAUAGUUGGUUAGCGUCCUUAGCUUUUGCCAAAAAGUGGGCGGGCGGGCGGGCGGGCGGGUUUUUUAAAAUUUUUACUAAUUUUUAACGCCUUGGUUUUAGGUCCGAAACUGGAUUUUCAUGCGCAGUACAGAUAUUUUUUUAUGUAUUUCAAAAUAUGAUUCAUACCGUCAUUUUCGCACGCAAUUUCGCCACUUAUUAACACAAUCGACUACAGUCAACAGAAAUACUACAUAUAUUAGAGCCCAUUGAUCAAUAAAAGUUGUGUUUUUUUUAAAUAAAAAAUUUAAAAUAAUCCUGAGCGGGGCCUUUUUUGUGGGCGGGCGAGGACGCUAACCAACUAUUUUUUUAUGCGGCCUUAGAGAAAAAAUAUAGGCAAACAAAUAUCACAUCCGUGCUUGGCUCAAUAUAUUACGUACCGCAACCUUCAGCAGAGCAUUGACGGACCCUUUGACAUGAACAUCGUGAGUCCGGAAUAAAAAUGGCACCCACAAGGUGUACGUCAUUUGUGCUGACAGCUGGGCUUCUUGUCAUUAAAUUUAAUUGCUAUCUUUUGAACUAAUAUUGGUGAGCUAACGUUUCCCGUACAUACUUGUGGACGUGUUGUGUUUCAACAGGAAAACAGAUGAAGAAAUAUUUACAGCAGUUGUUGAGCAACGAGAAAAUGACAGGGAAAAAAGUAACAUGUUGUUACUUCUUUUAGUUGUAAGUAUGCUCUUGCAUUGCUUUUAGUUCUAAACGCCUGUUUACACUUGCAAUUUUUGCUGCGAUUUUAGGUGCGAUUUUCGUCUUCUGAUGGAUGUGAACGAGUGGAUGAAUACGAAUGUUCUGAGUAUAUGUUCCUUCAUCUCAACAUUCGUAACUUAUCCACUCGUUCACAUCCAUCAGAAGAAGAAAAUCGCACCUAAAAUCACAGCAAAAAUGCAAGUGUAACUGAAACCUUAACUGUUCACCCUGUGAAUGGUGGGUCUAGUAUUCAGAGUCAAACUGAAAGCACGCUUCUCACAUGCGAGUCAGGUGAAGCGAGGUUGCAGAAGUGAAAUGCACUACUAUACAACUGUUUUCACUGACUUCCAUUAUAAGUUACGGCAUAUGCUGCAUCUAUACUGCAGUUAUAGGAAGCUGCCUGAAUAUGUACUACUUGUACAAAUUAUUGUUUAAUAUUCAGUUGCUUGGGUGCACUAUUGCAUAGGCCCACCAACGUCGGCUUCGCCGUUCCUCAUCAAUGGUAUAAUCAACAACGAAAGCUUGUUCCGUAACUAUAGUCACAUAGCCAUUGGCUAAACAGUUUUUCUGUAGUACUCCUGUCACAGUUUAAUUAAAAAUACACUCUCAUACAUCAACACAUAUUCUGUAUAAUCGAGGAAAGCUAGCUAGGAAAGCUAUAAUGGUAGAAAAUAUUCUUGACUAUUUUAGUAUGUUUGAUUUAAAAUGAAAUACCUGUUUAAAUGCAGUUUUGGUGGAACGAACAGGUGCAUGGGCUAUUGAUAGUAGUUAUAGUUACUGAUUUCAAUUCUCCCAAAGUUGCCGCCAUAGUUUGGCGCAAGCUUCACCAUGAACCAAAUGUCGCAAUACAAUAAAUACAUGUUACUAGGUAUAUAUGCAAUAAUACGAAGACGAAAAUUUUAAUAUUUGAAUUUUUUGGACAAAUCGUUUUGGUUGAAAUUGAAUCCUAAAUUAUUGAAAAUAAUUGUUUCUGGAGUGAACUUUUCUUUUGGACUUGUUUCAUUUUGAAUUAUUACUUUGAAAACACAAUCUCAAAGAAAGGAUAUUUUCAAUUGUCUACAUACUGUCCUAACGUGAAUAAUUUGAAUUUUCUUUGCAGGCUGCGCUAGAAUUUCAUAUUCCUGAGCAAGUUCUGCAACAAACACUAGAUAUUGCAAAGUUAACUAAAAUCGGGCAAGUAUCCGCAAUAUAUAUAAUCAAUAUAAAUAUUCAGAACCAUCUGUUACUGUGUUAGCAUUAAAUAUCUCUCCAAUGACAUUGGAUUUCAGAUAUGUUUGUUUAAGUGUUAAGGAUUCUCCUAAUUAUGGUGAAGGGAUUCACCUAAAAACGGAUAUUCUGAAAGUUGUCUUUAAAGCCUAUAUCUUAAAAGUAUAUGUUUUGUAACAUCACAUUGAAUUAUACUUUAUGACCAUGCCUAUGGAUAACUUACAUAUACAUACAGUAUUGCUGAAUGCCAAAAAAUAUUUACUUCGAAAAGUGAACUGGAAUUUGACUGGAAUGGGCAUCAAGCUUGACUAAGACGAUCGCCCGUAUUCUAAAAGCUCACUCACACUCACACUCAAUGAGUGGAGGUUCAAUCUGAGCUUCUCUUGAGUGUCAAUGCUGUUUUUUGAAUAGCUGGAUGGUUAGUGUCGUACCUUACUAUGUGACUACUCACCCUCCAGCUAUUCAAAAACAGCAUUGACACUCAAGAGAAGCUCAGAUUGAACCUCCACUCAUUGAGUGUGAGUGAGCUUUUAGAAUACGGGCGGUAGUCAUGUUUCAUUGUGGACAGUAAAUUUUAUGAUUGCUCUUCAACACUUUGAAUAAUAAAGAUUGUUUGCAUUAACUAUACAAGCACGAGCUGAAGGGGAGUUCAAUGAAAUGACCAAUUUAGUUUACAGGAUGCUAACUAGUUUUAAGCACUUAUGGGUGGUAUAAUAUUGUUGCUGCGUGCACCUCAUUAAAUAUUGGUUUUCUGCCACAGGUCACAUAAUACAAAGGACUUAUUUUUAUUACCAAAGAAACAACAAUGUUCUAUGGCGUCCUUACUUCUGUCCGGAGUUAAAAUUGAUCGCGAUGCGAGGCGUGUAAGUAUGUUGGUAAUCUUUAUUUUGUUUAUAAGCAAGAUAAUCAUAAUCUGGUCUCUCUAGUAUUCAUAUUCCCCCCACCAAAUCUUACCUUUCUACACACCUUUCUGCUGUCUUCACACCGUACGUGUUUUCUACUUCCACAUGUCAUUGGCAGACGAUGUCGAUCCACCAUCAUACUGUUGUUCCAUUUCGUUCAUCACCUCCAUUCUAAAAUUACUUCUAGUCAAGUGGGUCUUUGCUAUCCUGAUUCUCUGUUGAAACAAACCUCUUUCUCUCCAACUUCUGAACAUCAAUUUUUGCAUCUACUGGUUUGUGCUGUGUUGCUACAGUCGCUGAUGGUAUCACUUUACAGUAUACAUUACUGUGGAUAUGAUCAAAUGCCCUUUACAUCAAGUGUUAUGCUUACCUAAUUACACAUUUAGCCUAGAUUAUUUUAUCUUUACAACGAUUAUGAUAUUACUUUCCUAACUGUGUUUAUCCUAACCCUCCCUGCCAACUUUCCCUGUGGAAGGAAACCGGAGCACCCGGAGAAAACUCUGAUCUCGGAGGUGAAAGGCGCUUCCUCUGACCAUGGAUAAUAAAAUAAAUGGAUUGGAAACUUCUGACGUCAUUGACUGCAUCCUUGUUGAAAAACGUGACGUCACGCGUAUUGCGAAUGCUACCAAAGUUAUCGGCAUAUUUGUUGUUUUGCUAUAUUUUCCACUUUAAAAAGGUGAUCUUGAAGCAUAAACUGGUCUAUAAUUGUUUUAAAAACAUGCCUAAGCCACGACAAAGUAUUCAAGGUAAAUGUUUUUCGUCUUUGUUUUGUAUUUUUUUACAUUUGUAGCUACGAAAUUGGCGUCACAAAUUUUAACGAAAUUUGCGAUGUAUUUUUCACUGUUUAGUCCUUGAAAUAUUUGCUAAAAUUGACUGGGAAUACUUAGAGUUUUCAUCGUAGAAUGGCGUGGUUACAUUUAUUUGCUAUUUGACUAAAAUGUUUAGCUGUAUUAUUGCUAAACAUGCCGUUUUUGAGAAUUUGAUUUUCAACUAGGUUGAGGCAUCCAACCACGCCAUCAAUCCCAGUAAAAACAUUAGGUCAUGUCAGCUAGUUUCCUAUCCAUUUAUUUUAUUAUCCAUGCUCUGACAUACCGCGCCAACGAAACCCUAAAAUUUAUGCUGCUGCCUGCUGGUUCAGCGUUGGGAAGGAGGCGGCUUACUGCUAUAUUGUGUACCGCUCCACCUGCAAUGCUGCUUCAAGAUCAUGUGCUGCAAAAAAUAAAUAGAAAUUCUUAAAAGGUAAUACAGGAGUUUAAAUGAGAAGAGAAUGAUAAAAGAAAGGAAAAGAGGAACGUGGAAGAGAACGGAAUACAGGGCUGCAAAUAAAUAUUUGACUUGACAGGACAUUUGUCCGAUCACUUCUAAUUUUGGUCGGACAUAACUUGAAUUUGGUCGGACAAAAACCAACACCACUAAAUUUGGUCGGACAUGUACUGUAUAGUAUACGUCACAAGAUAUAUAUAAGUCACGAGACAAGUAUGUAUAGCCAUUCCGGCGCAACGUUAAGUAAAAUGCUAGAAUGCCUCGCAAAUUUUAUUGAAAAAUGCAAAUUGAGUGAAUUUGCAAUCGGAUUUUGUCACAGCAAAAAAAUGUAUAAUGUGACAAUUUUUUUUUGUGAUCGGACCAAUGUCCGAUCAAAAUUACUUUUGCUCGGACAUUUGCCAAAUUUAGGCGGACAUUGUCCGAUGUCCGACAGUAAUUUGCAGCUCUGGAAUAGCAAUGGAAAGUUUAUUUAAAUAAUUAUUUUACACUUUUUAUAUUUCUAUUAUUCCAUAUCAGGAUGAUGGACUUUACGACUGUCUGUAUCUAUGUUUGUACGACCUCGUUUCUGAAUGGCAUAAAUUAACGAAUAACCAUAACAUCCCGAGGUAAGGAAACUGUUUGAUAUGCCUUUCCAUUAAUUAAUUUGGAUGUUUUAGGAAAUUUUUGCGCAUUUCAACUCGUCCUAUUUUAGUAGAAAAUUACAUUAUUGUUAUUGCCGAUGUUCUCUAUAUGUAUUUUGCCAUUGUUAUGUUUAUUAAAGGAAAAGUGGAGUGAGAAAUAUUUUGGCAGCUGAGGUUGUGCAGUUGUUUUGCAUUGUCCCAGCAUUUCUUAUGCUUCUUGAGAAAGAUACAGGUACAGCCCAGUUUGUGUGUUUCUUUCAGUAGCGUGUUGAAAUAAAAGUCUGUAUAGGAUUUUAUUGGGACGAAAUUCACUCUCCAACACAGGAUCACUAUUCAACCUCGCAAGCCAGGCUUUCCGGUUCCCUCCCAAACACGCUGCAGCGUAAAUACGUUCCAGCGUAAACACGUUCCAGCGUAAACACGUUCCAGCGUAAACACGCUCCAGCGUGUUAGGGAGGGAAGCGGAAAUAGAGAGCCUGGCUUGCGAGGUUGGAUCACUAUUAUUGUGUAUUUUAUUGAUGAUAUGUUCUUGCUCCAAGAACAGGGUAUAACCGAGACAGAGGGAGCAGGAUGCAUUUUACCCUUUCCCAAUUAGCCUUUCUCACGCGGGCCAAUAUCCAUCAUUUUUGGGGUCAUUUUUCGAAACUGAAAAUUUUUCUUACUGUCUUCCCUCCUCAAAGAAUCUAGACAAUUAAAACAACAAGCGACUUUUCAGAGUUGUAACUGUAAAGUUACCAUUAUACACACAACUACAAAGUCGCAUUUCGCGGUGCGCACACACUCAGACCUGAGAGAGGCAGUACCAUCCCAAAAAUGGCGGAUAAACCGAGCGCGCGAAAGGCUAGUUAUGACGUUACAGGUCCCCCAUGCCCCCGGGAAAGUCUAGAUCCGGCCCCCGCAUAACCUCUCGGCGACCCUUUGUUUUGGUAGCUCUCGCCACCAACUGUGAUGUUUCAGUGACGGUGUUCAUUGAAUCACAUAUUAACAUUGUGCAAGCAAUCACAGAGGCAGUACUUUAUAGAAGAUAACUACUGUACUAGAAACCACUAUUGAUAACCAGAUAACUACUGCAGUUACGCUGCUUGUACAUGUCGGAACCAGCUAUCCAGCCCUUGCGAGUGACGUCACAACCGCUAUUUUGGGUGGCAAAUGUUUAGAGCUAGAUGACAUACACAGCAUCCAUUAGCCUUCAAAAUUUCACAGAUUUACUAAUCGGUGGAGCUCCAAUAUUAUCUUGAUUAAUACGAAUUCAGAAAGGCAAUUUUUUGGCAAAUUCACGCAGUCAGUCGUUUCCUUUGCAGUCUGUCAUUUUUGCCACCCAAAACCGCGUGAUUUCUUAACGUGACCUGAUAUUCGCGCGUGACUGCAAGACGUAACUGAAGAAAAUGUCUUGAACUGCACACAAAAAAUGCCUUACAGUAAUUUUAGUGUAUUUGUCAAUCAAAUUGAAAAGUGUUUUACAUGAUCUUUUAUUUGGAAGGUUUGUUAGAGCUUGUAUCAUCAGCAACAAAAGAGCCUGAUAUUGCUGAACAGUUGUACAGUCUGGUAGCGGAAGAAAAAAGUAAAGGAGUAAGUCGGAUAUUUAUUGUUUGUAGCUUGGUAGCGUGGUUUUAUACUUCAUUUCAGAGUUUCGAUUUCUGAUUAUAAUUUUGCCUGAGUUGACAUUCGAGAUGAGUGAUUGCAGUUUGACUCUUCCAAACACCUUGGCCAGCUGCGCCUGAGUGCAGGUUACAGCUUAAACUAAACAGAUCCUGAUCCAGGGUAGCAAGCACCCAAGCUUUUAAAAUUAUUUUUUCAGAAUAGUGUGCACAAAUUUUUAAUGAAUUAUAUUUGCAAUAAUUCUCGUAGAUUUAUUGCCCGUCUUCGCGCUAAUGCCAUUCUGUUAUUAAAAAAACGCCAAACUGUCCAAAACCUGGCAAAUUUUAUUAAAUUAUUAACUUUGUGUAUUCCGAAUAAGAGGCGAAAUUUUUAGACGUAAAAUGAAAAAUACAGGAAAUGGAUAUGUCACAUGACUGCAUUUACUUUUUCACGGUAAUUAUAUAAGGUAUCUGCAAGUGACAAUGACCUGGCUUGUCACAACUCAUGGCCAGAUUUUGAGGGGAGGUGUGGGGAGGUCGGCACCUCCCCUGAGAUCGUUUUGCACCUCCCCUGAGAUUUUUUGCACUUCCUCUGAAGUCGUGCACCUCUCCUUGGGAAAGUUUAAAUGAUAGAUCAAAGUGAAAUUUUUAUACGUUGCGUAGAGUCUACACUUGAAAACUGAACUGAUAACUAUUCAUCAUCUCUGUAUCAAGUGCCCUUUUAAUGGAAUAUUUCGAAAUAAACUUUGUAGUAAUGCAAUGAAAAGCAAUAUUGAAUGGGUCGUACAGUCAAAAUUCAUAAAUACACUGAUACAUAUGUACAGUACAUGCAUACGUCAUGUACUUGACUUUAAUAGGGGGCUACAAUCUAAGUCCUAACAUUCCAUGGUGGUCGUGGGCUAGACGCUGCACCUCCCCUAAAAAUAUUUUCACCUGUCCCAGCAUUUCCACCAAAAUCCGGCCUUGUUACAACCAUGUGGCAGUCAGGUAUUGCAUUAUUUAACUUUCUAAUGUUAAAUGAUUCUCAAAAACAAGAUCGUGUAAAUGCAAGGAUUAAUUUAGAUUAUAAAUUCACUAUAGACAAAGCCUGGUGAACUGUUGCAAGAAAUGGGUUCGUACAUACUCAAGAAAGUGCACAUGAAAUGUUUUCAAUUUCUACACAAACCUGGAACUAAUAUUCUCCCCGAGAAACCAAACCCGCCUUUAAGGACUUCGAGUUAUACAAAAUCCGUAAGUAAAAUCAUUGCCUGCAAAGCAGGCGCUUGCCUGCUGAGUUAGAGUAAUGACUUCAGUCAAUGCCCGGUUGGCCUUCAGUUAAUGCCUUGCCUUGCUUCACUUACAUAAUUAUAACGAACGACUGCACAUGAAGAGGACUAAGAUAUGACUUUGGCUUCAUUUUCAGCAUGGCUGCAGAUGUUGGGGAGUCCUGCAUAGUCUAACUCCAAAUUCAAAACGUGCGCUUCAAAAUUUCAAAACUUGUUGAAUUAGCCUUUCUCACGAUGACGAAUAUCCGCCAUUUUUGGAUGGCAUCUGCAUGUGAUUCUCGUUAACCAAUGCAGACAAUUAAAACAAUGUGAAAAGCAAUUUUGUAAAAUAAACUAACCAUUUACAAAGCAAAUUUACCAUCAUUCGUCCAGAAAAUGAUCAAAAGUCACUGUUAUGUGGACUUAUCUCGCAGACUUCGGCAGAAAAGCCACCGAAAAAUGACGGCGUGAGAAAGGCUAAUUAAGUUUCUUGACGUUACACAGUCACAGGCCAACUUGAAAAAUCAAAUGGAGGCAGUGCAGCUAUAGUUACCUAAGAGUUAUCUAAUAUUUAUAGUUAUCUAAGUUAUCGCAGACUUGGGCAGAAUAAAGCCACCCAAAAAUGACGGCGUGAGAAAGGAUAAUUAAGUUUCCUGAAGUUACACAGGCCAAGUUCAAAAAUCAAAUGGAGGCAGUGCAGCUAUAGUUAUCUAAACCUGGAGUUAUACUGCAUGGUUGACAACUCGAAAUAUCCUUGGUUACCUCCAAAACUGAGCCAUGCACCUAUAGUUCUUCUCAUAUAAAUACUAUUUUUAGACUGAACUCAAUAUUGAACAUUUUCACUGUAAUUUGACAUUCACCGUGAAACAAUUGGUACCUGGAAACAGUUUGACAAAGAUUGAAAAUUAGAUCAAAUUGAUUGAAAUUUUAGUCUUUGGAAUGAAGAGCUUGCUCUAUUACACAUUAAAUCUUAGAAAACAAGCUUUCUGGGACGAAGCGCUUAUCCAGUUUUCGUAUAUAUUUAGCUGAACACAAAGAAUGAAGCACCACAGCGUUCCCAGUCUGCAUCAGGCUUUACACGACGGCAAAAUAUACCCAAAACUAAACAGUAAGUUUCCAUAUAUAUAUUGUUAUGGACUAUACUAUACGUUACAGUCAUUGCAUGUGUACUCGCAGGUCUGGUGUACACACUAGCUUCUAUAGGCGACUGAGAUUAUGCAUGGCUACCAGUUAUGCCAGGGAAGGGGAAUGCAUGUUAUUAAUCAAUGGAUUUGUAUCCUAUUGAAGGGGAUCAUGUUAUGUGGUAUCAAGUUUCUGGACGUCUCGCUCGAUAGAACUAACAAUUCGUCCAUUUUUCGCAGCUAUCCUCCUAGUUAGGUCUGAAAAUUGUAUUGAAUUGCUUGAAAUUUCCAUCUACAAAAAUCCUUCAACUAUGAAGUAUCAAGUGCAUCACAGUGCAUAUAUACUCUGUUCCACGUCCAUUUUAUCCAACAUCUGGACAACGGACAAUUAUGAUAUUUCCUACAAGCAUUUUCUACGUUUUAUUAUCGUAGUGAUAUCACAGGAAAGAAGAUUAGAACAUCUUUGUCUCCUAACGUGAAGUCAUUAGAACGGUUACCAGGUUUGUGAUGUAUCAAGACAUCUUGUCUAGAUAUCGUAUAGUACGUAUGGAUAGGUUACCGAUAAUGCGGCUAAUUUCUUGUCAGAUAUAACAGUAUAAAGUGUCACAUGUUAGUAGAAAAGUAAUAUCAUUUGACUGUUUGAUAACCAUGCACAAUCAUGUAUUUUUAGCAUUGGGGGAUCAAGUUAUAACAAGUGAUCAGGUAAACGAAACUUGAAGCUUCCCAAUUAAAAGUAUUUAAUGAUAUACUUUGAAAAUAAUUCAAUUUGAAAUCAAGCUCUUCUUGGUUCCAUUGACACUAUAUAGUACAAGAAGAUGUUAUGUCCUUAAGAUUUUCUCUUCACUCUAGAGUUGUGGCCAUAUUGCAGCCAUGCCCGAGAAGAACAUUGUUUUAGUAAAGUUGGAUAGGUUUCCAGGUAAACAUUCUUUUGAGUAGUACAUUGGCUCAACCAGUGCUGCGAGUAACGUCGUUACAAGUAACUAGUUCCAUACCAUCGUUACUUUUUUGAGGAAUUGUAACGGUAACUAUAGUUAGCUACCUUUUGGGAAGGUAACUUGUAGCGUAACUAUAGUUACAAAAAUUGAUAACUAGUUAUAUUCUGGCCCCGAGAGAACUGUUACUUUUGGCGAUAUCCAACGUACUAAAAAGCUGUUUUAUCCCACAUUUCGGCUACGCAAAGUUGUCGCUCACUAUUGCACCCACGGGUUCGAAUAUUUUUCAUUAUGCCGUUGCAGUGCUAUAGAUAUCACUGUGCCAGAUUUUCAUCGAACUGAAUUCUUUUUCUGAUUAAAUUAAACAAUUUUUUCGUCUAAUUCACUUCGUGUUGACAAUUGACAUAACUCAAAGCAUAAAUCGUAGUCUGACAUUAUAAUAUAUGUUUGACAUAAGUAUCGCAGCAAUUUUUUAUGAUAAAGUUUCGUAAUUAGUAACCAUGCACUUUACAAAAAGUUAUAUAAAUGUAACUUAAAAUAAAAUAAAAGAUAAUAAAAUAAAAAUAAAACAGAUGAGCUGAGGGAAACUAUUUAUUAAGUGUUGUUACGGAAGCGAGCCAAGAUGGCUGAUUUUUCUUGUGUAAACACAAAGUUAUUUAAACCGCGCCAUACCUGGGAGUUAUGAGGGUCGUGCGAAAUAAAAUAAAAAACCAAAUAAAAAACUCUUUUGAGCGGGAGACUUACAGCAAGUGUAGUUCGAUUCUUGUAGGAAGGCAUUUAAAAUAUUACAUUUAAAAUAUGCUUUGCGCUCGAAUUUCCAUGUCCAAAAACCCAUUAACUUGUAGUUCUCUUAAACUUAGUUGUACCUGUUUUUUUCAGCUCAUGGUUUGCAACAGUUAAGCAUGAGGAAUAGAAGGGCGGAUAAUGGUAAUCGCUUUAUUUAUGUCAACAAAGAAUUGUUAGUUUGGAAUUGUCAAGGUUAUUGGAAAGUUCGGGAAACAACGAAAGGUUUGUGUUACUCCUCUUCACAUUGAAAUGUUAAUGUGUUUAUUCGUUUUGUGAAGCUACAAUAGUAUUGCUACUGUAACAGAAACGCUGAGUAAGUAGUGUGAUUUAGUGUGAAGUAAAUCUGCACAAAAAAUCAGGGACGAUCAUGCGACUGAGAUAAAAAUAGCGCAUACCUGUAUAGUUAACAUUCAACUUGAAGUUCAGUUAUAAUAUUUCAUGCAGUGGUAGUGGUGCAGAAGCUUCCUGCAAAGUUAAUGGAGCUUCGGUGGUGCAGUCGUCAGAGCAUGCGCCUUUCACCUCUGAGACCGUGGCUUCGAUUCUCGCUACGGACUCAUAUGAAAAGAGUCAGUCAACGCUUUGGCGAAAGUCGUGGGUUUUCCCCGGUUUCCUCCCACAGGGAAAGUUGACAAGGUGGGUUGGGAUAAGCACAGCUAAGAAAGUAUAAUAUCACAAUCGUUGUAAAGAUAAAAUAGUCUGGGUUAAGUAUGUAAUUAGGUAAGCGUAAUACUUGAUGUAAAGCGCAUUUGAUGAUAUCCACAUGUAAAUUUGCGCUAUAGAAAUGUUAAGAGGAGAUUUUUUUGUGUGUUACGUAACACGCGCUCAAAACUAAUGCGUAUAAUAUAGCACUUGAGGUUAUGACUAAAUUCAAAAUUUUUAUUUUUCGAUAAGUUUCUCAAUCGGCAAACAAACUUAAAAAGUAUGUUUAGUGUUUUAUCUGUAAAAUAAUGCUAAAAUGAAGAGAUUUUAGACUACGCCAAAGAGAAAAUUAUGUCUGAAGUUCAGUAAGUUUUGCUUAUAGGCCUAUGGCUUAAAUAUGGCGUCAAUUUUAAAGCAUCAUUGAUAAUUGUAUUUUAAUUGACAAUUUUUAACUAUUAUUUUAUGUUUCUCAACCGGCAGAUGCAUUUAAAAAGGUAGCUAACUGUAUAAACUAGAGAAUAAAGCAAAAACAAAGUGAUUCUGAGAGGAACGCCAAGGAAGAGGAACGGUUUUGAACAUUUUUCAUUGCAAAUACGUGACAUUGAAAAAAAUUGCCUCUUAAUCUUAAUCUUAAAAAUCUGGUUCAGCGGUUUGGUGCGGUAAUGAGUAGAAUAUUUGAAAAUGCUUUUAAAAUAAAAUCUACAUAUUAUCGCAUAUCGUGUCUUCUUGUUGAUUACCCGAACCUUGAGUGCACAUGCAAGAUGCUUCUGUUCGAAGUAUGUGUUGUAUAUAUAUUAUAUUUCUUCAACUUCUCGGCUGGAAUUAGAGUUUCUCGCUGGCUGAAGUAUGAAAGAAGCGAGAAACGGAUUUCUCACGCUGGGGGAGGGGGGAGGCGCAUGUCCUUAUAGACAUGGGCACACAGUGUAUAGCAUUCUUGUCUUUUUGCUGCCAAAGUGCAAGUCACACCCUUCCCAAUAAUUGUAGAACACAUUGAUAUUGUUUACUUAAUGAUAGGAUUUCACCAUAUGUAUUAUAGUAUUGUAGUUGUGGUUGAUAGUUAUAAUAAAGGCACUGCUGCACUUUGCGGUAGUAGACAUCUCGGCAACCCAGCGUGAGAAAUGGAUUUAAGAUGUUUAUCUUCGUGGUAGUCAGUCACAAUGACUGAUCUACGGGAAACAGUCUCGUUCCCAGUCGCUUUAAGUGACUUCCAGAUGGGUGGGGGGAGGUGCAUGGUUUGCUGAUUGUCUUGCAUCGCAGCAAAGCUCUUUCCCCAAUCAUUGAUCUAUAUGUCUCACUAAUAUGUGCUAAAUAACAGCCUGUGAAGGAGGCAGUACGGGGAGCUCUGGCUUGUUGCGCAAUAAAGGGCUCUAAUUUUUCAGUCGUAUCUCCUUCAUACCGGCUGCGCCUCUGUUUGUUUUCACCACUACCUUGCACUGGCUCUAAUAUGAGCCUUCUGACUUAUCUGGUUAAAAAUAAUCGCCACACAGUAUAUAGGCAAAGUAAAGUCCGGCCAGGUCACACCACACAACGAUGACGAUACGAUAACUUGUAAACACGCGAUGAUUGGUCCAAAAAAUUGUGUUGGUGUCUACACUACAACGAAAACGACAAAAUUAUUGUUUGCCGAUAACGAUUUUAAAACGAUUUUUAAAUCGAUGAUUGAUAAAACGAUGAUUAUGAUUAUCGUUAAAACGAAUCGAUAACGACAAUUUUUUAUCAGUUGGACGAUAACGAUAAAUUUUUUGACCAAUCAGCACUCGUACACAUGUUAUCAUUGUGUGGUGUGACCGGGCCUUACAUGUAAUAGAACUAAUAUCAAACCAGUUCAGACCGUGUAAAAUUGAUGGUGUAUUUUGAAACUACACAUCAAAAUGUUAAUGAAAUACUUCAUCGUUUCUUUUCACAGGAAAUAAAGGACAACCUCCACAAUCAGGGAAAGAAAGAAGUUCUGUAAGUGAGCUUUGCCGCAUUAGUUGGUUGGUAUAUAAGUAUUUAUGAAAUAUUAUAAGUUUCUUAUACAGUAUUAUUAUACAUUGUAGUCACUACGUCAACGUGUCUUCUAAUUGGCCAAUAGCUUACAGCUGAAUAUGGAAAUCACGCAACCUACACAUAACAUAGUUAUUUACUACCAGAUAACUGAGUUAUUUGUAGCUUGAGCCCGCGGUUAUUUUUCUAGAAAUUAAAAAGUUUCAUAUUUCUCACCGCAGGAAGCAUAUUUAGCCAACACGGUCAGAAAACAGCUACCUGUCGAAGUGUGGAUGUCAUUCUCUGCUUUACAAGAUUCUUCCAACAACCCUGAAAAAUGUGGAUCAGGUGCGUUUUGUUUUUUUAGUUCAUUCAUCUUUGAAAUAGUCUGCGCAACACAGUACAAGCCAAGUACAAGUUAGAUUUUCGCUUAGGAACUUGUGGUUUUAACACCUUAAUUUUACCCUUUCGUUUUCCAAUUCAAAACCUGUUCUAAGAAUUUCAUAAUUCUUUCUAGAGUCGAAUGGUAGCGCUAUUACACAACAUGUUCGAGAGUUAGUGAAAGAAUGCAUAGAACAUGCAAAUAUCACAAAUGAGACAUCUGUUCAAGAUGAAAUAUUUGAUCAAGAUGAUACAUCGCUUGAAAAUAAAACAAUUCGUGAAAAGAAAUUAUCCCUUGAAGAUGUAACUCAACCAGAGGAGGAAGAGAAAGAUGUUCAGGUAGAAAAUGUAUGCGAAGAAUACAGGUUGUACAAAAAAAGUUCACUGUUGUAAAUGGUCAUUAAACUGAAAACUCCGCAAAAUUUCUGAAGAACUUAUGUGAAUAUGGUUCAAGAAGGCUGUUUUUAAAACCCCCAUUAAAAGUGGCUUGCGCACAAGAAUGGAAGGUUUAAAACACAAUUUGAAUUCAUAGAGCGCAAGUUUAGAAAGUGCUUUAUGAACCAAAUGUUAAAGUACCAAAUUUGACGUAUAUUUAGUCCAAAGUUUAAAAAUUAUGCAAGAAAAGUUUUAGAGGUCUUGCUGAAGACUUAUAAUACGUCAUUAUCUGGUACUUUGAGAGUUCAUAAAACACUUUCCAAACCUGCACGUUAUGAAUUCAAUCUGUGUUUGAAACAAUGAAACCUUCCAUUUUUGUGCGCAAGCCACUUUUAUAUUGUGAUUUUUAAAACCAACCCUCCUGGAUUCAAAAGUUGAAAUUUUCAUAUUUCAGUAUAAGACCCUGAAAUUCCCAUAUUCACAUAAAUUCUUCGAAAUUUUGCGACGUUUUAAAAUAAUACACCCUGCAUAUAAUAUGCACGCUAUAUAGGUAAAUAUAUAUAUGCACUGCAUGGGUGGGUUUUCAUCGUUUACAAUCUAUAGAAAUCAUGACUUAAUUGUGAUAACUAUAUACUAAAUGUAAUUUUAACAUUUUAUAACAAGUUAGUACUAUAGCAAUUAAAAUAUCACGAAUAUCACGUGUUAUACGAAGAAAUAAACUGACGAAAACUGAUAUCUUUAUGUUUAUAUAUAGCUGAAUGAAACUACGAUACCUGCAGAAGGAAAAGGUACUACAUUCUUAUAUAUAGCAUCUAUUUCAUAAGAUAGCGAACCUUUAGAUAGUGUACAAAAGAAAUGAAUUAAUAUAUAAAAGUACCUCUGGAGUUCUAGAUGUCGUCUUCGCUCUGUUUAAAAUUACAGCAGACCAGUACAUGGUCACGCUUUGUGUCCAACGCCUGAUUUCAAGCUUCGAAAAGUGGUACUUGGCAAAUUGACUUAAUUAGUAAAGGUCUUGUCAACUAUAAAGCCCCAUCCUAAAACUGUAUUGACUUCAAUCAUAUGAUUGAUAAUACAACUAUACAAAUGAUCUGUAAAGUAUAUAAUUAAUUUUGACUGUCGUUGCGCGUUGCCGUCCUACAGUAAAGGUCCCUAAUAUAGCUUGCAUGGGUGAGGGUUCAAGCUAUAAACAGCAAAAGCUGAAAGGUGCCGCCUUAACUAUACUGUUGAUCCUUACAGACUCAUCAAAUACUGUAAGUAUAUUGUGUUAGUAAUUGAAUCAAACCUGUGUAAAGUGUAUACCCUUUAAUAUGACAUAAAUUUUAUAUGCAUGUGGACAAACUGCAUGCGCCUGUCAGAUGUGCCUGUUCUGUGGCCGAAUUUUAUUCAUCAGCCGACAAUCUUGUCGGCUUGAUAUGUGAACAUUUUCGAGCAAUUGCGUUUGAGCAAAUUAGCCGACACUCAAUUUUGACAAUAUGAAACAUAGGCGGCCUAACUCAAAAAAAUUUCUUCGGUGCCCCGGUUCCCUGUCGCAACUUGCAAGCUUCAAGUUUGGCCGCAGGGCCAACUGCGAAUUUUUUUGGCUACCUGCAAAAAAAUAAAAUAUACAGGCAUGCAUAACUGUGUUCAGUGAUAGUACUUUUAGUUGAAUUUCUCAUUCAAAAGCUCAACAGUAUUUUUAUACAUGGCCGGUUUUUUCGGAUCUUAAAAGUUCUGUGUUUAAUAUAAGAUUUACCUGUUCUGUAGUACAUUUAUACGACAAUGAGAAUAAAGACGAUUCUGAGCUGCCGGAAUUUUCAGCAGAUGACAACAUGAUAUCUAGGACAGAGAACGAAAGACUCGAAGCUUGGAAAUUCUUUAGACUACGAAAUCUUGAAGAACGUCCUGUCACUCAAACUCCGUACCCUACUGCAAGAGUAGAACCAGAAGGACACAAACACGAUGUUUAUACUAAGUCAGGAAAACGUAUUUCAUUUCCAUUGCCUGGCUGGAUGGAAGAUUUUCAAUCUAAAAACAGACCCAGGUCUAGUGGUACUAACAAUCUUCGUUAUGCAAGG